AUGACCAUCAUAAAGCAAAACAUAACUGGAGUAAAUCUAUAUGUGAAGCAAAUGAGAAUUGAACGUGUCUCUCAAUACAUCUACUUGAGAACUAUAAUCAAUGAGUCGUGGGUUAAUACUCAAGAGAUUAGAUGUCGCAUCGCAACGUUUUUCUGCUUCAUAAGUACGACAACCAUAUCAUGGUCAACAGUGGUGCUUCCAAAAUUAUCAAAUAUUGAGACAAGUCCCAUCGGAAGAAUGGUGGACAUGGAAGAAGAAAGUUGGAUUUCAUCUAUUUUGAUUUUAAGUGCCAUAUUCAGUGUCUUCAUUUCGGGAUAUUUAGCAGAUAAAAUAGGAAGGAAAUGUACUUUGUUGAUAGGUGGUAUGCCGUAUCUACUAAGCAACAUUAUUCUUGCGUAUGCAUCAUCGGUGUACCUGUAUUAUAUAGCUAGGUUUCUAAUGGGUUUUACUUUAGGAACUGUUGCUCUUGUGCCUGUAUAUAUUAGCGAAAUCAGCUACAAAAAUCAUAGAAAUGUAUUAGGACCUUUAAUUUGUUGUGCUACGUGUUUUGGUAGUGUAUUUCCUAACUUGUUGGGACCCUUUGUCUCCAUGAAAACGUUUAGUUUGCUACAAGCCGCUCUGGCUACAAUUUAUUUGGUAUAUUUUGCGACUCUGGGAGAGGAAGGUCCGCAAUUUUACCUAACCAGAAAUAAGGAGUUUCAAGCAAGGGCAGUAUUAGAACGAUUAAGAGGUGGUUACGAAGAUAUUGACGAAGCAUUUGCGCAAAUUAAAAAUGGAUAUAAUGAAGAAAGGCAAGGGACAUUAAGAGAUAUUUUAACUUCUAGGUCUUUAAAAAGUGCGUUUAUUAUGUGUACGGUACUACUGAUUUUGCAGCAAUUUUCUGGCAUUGUUGCAAUAGCUUUUUAUGGACAAACACUUUUCGAGAAAAGCAGUAUACAACUAUCUCCAGAGUUAUCUGUUAUUGUACUGGGAAUGGUUCAACUGGUGGCGAGCUUUAUAACUCCUUGUGUAAGCAUAAAAUUUGGCAAAAAAACUUUAUUAUUUAUCUCAGGAGUAUUAACAGCGCUGUCACAAAUAGUUCUAACUAUUGAUAGUUAUUUCAAUGGAUUUGUAAGGUUCGCCCCAGCUUUUAGGUAUUUACCUCUAUUCUGUCUUAUUAUAUUUAUUAUCGGUUACAGUCUAGGUCUUGGACCACAACCCUGGAUGCUAACGGGAGAAUUAUUUCCAACCAGAGUAAAGACAGUUAUUAGUUCUGUGAACGGCUUCACAAUUUUUGUUUGUGCCUUUUUAAUGACCAAAUAUUAUAUGCACAUUGUAAGAACUAUAGGCAUGCAAGGUUAUUUUCUUUUCAGUGCCAUAUGUUGUAUUAUUGCCACAAUCUUUACAAAGUUUUAUGUGAUUGAGACGAAAGACAAGAGUCUUGAAGAAAUACAAAGAGAUCUAUCUAGGGCAAAGUUCGACGAGUUUAAUGCUGCGAAGGAAUCGUUUGAAGCCUGGGAAGAGCGCUUGCAGCAGUAUUUCAUAGUGAACGACACUGAAAAUGAAAAAAAGGUAGCAAAUUUAAUAACAUUUAUGGGUGCGAAAACGUAUGAUACGUUGAAAACAUAUUUAUUCCCAGAUACCCCUGCAAUGAAAACAUACGAUCAGUUAGUAACGAUACUUAAAGCCAGAUAUGCACCAGCUACAAGUGUAAUCUAUGAAAGAUACAGAUUUCAUAGUAGAAACCAACAAGCAGAAGAAUCGCUAGAGCAGUAUGUAAAAGAAGUAUUCAUGAGCAGCUAG